GCGCUGAAAACAGCCGCAGCAAUGUGGGGUCCCAACAUCCUCCUCGCUCGUCGCCACCCUCCCUUCCACUUCUCUCACACCAGAAGACCUUUUGCCUUUCCGUUUCUCCAUGUACUUGAAUCUCCCAAACAACACAGGACGCGGCGACGGAAAGUGAAGUUGCAAGCUUCGAGUCACAAGCGUGGACCCUCUCCCUCCUGCAUUUGACUUUGUUUUUUUACAUUUUUGUUUUAUUUAUUUAUUUUUUACCCCUGGCCCAGUUCUGCCACUAAAACAGGACAAUUGCUUUGUGUAGCUCCAUUGGGGAGAAGGCUCGGGAGGAGGCGAAACUCGGAGGCUCGAUGACGACGAAGGAAGAAAACAUUAUAACAGAUGAAAUGGUGAACCCAUCUCCAGCAAAGAGUAUAGGUGAUCCCGGAAUCACACCGCUGUCUCCUACACACAUUCAGCAGAAUGACACAGACCAGGUCCCAUCAGCAAUGCCCUUUGUGGUGGUGGUGGCCAUUGACUUUGGCACCACAUCAAGUGGCUAUGCUUAUGCAUUCACGAAGGAGCCUGAGUGCAUUCACACUAUGAGGCGUUGGGAGGGUGGUGAUCCUGGAGUCUCCAACCAGAAGACACCGACAACAAUUUUGCUGACUCCAGACAGAAAGUUCCACAGCUUUGGCUAUGCAGCCCGUGACUUUUAUCAUGACCUAGACACCAGUGAGUCCAAGCACUGGCUCUACCUGGAGAAAUUCAAAAUGAAGCUCCAUACCACAGCGAAUUUGUCCAUUAACACGGAUCUUCAGGCAGCCAAUGGUAAACGCGUGAAAGCUUUGGACAUUUUCGCCUAUGCACUGGCCUUCUUUAAGGAGCAAGCACUGAAGGAACUGAGUGAUCAGACAGGUGGACAGUUUGAUAAUAAUGAUGUCCGAUGGGUUAUCACGGUUCCUGCCAUCUGGAAAAUGCCUGCAAAGCAAUUCAUGAGGGAAGCUGCUUAUAAGUCUGGUCUCGUCUCCCGUGACAACCCGGAGCAACUCAUCAUUGCUCUGGAACCUGAGGCAGCGUCAAUCUACUGCCGUAAGCUCCGCCUCCACCAGAUGUUGGACUUGAGUAGCCAGACCACUCAGAAUGGCUUCAGUCCCACAGACAAUGUUGGAAGUACAAUGACCCAAGCCAACAAGGAGCAGGUUCGUCGCAACCGUCAAAGUCGCACCUUUCUGGUGGAAAAUGUCAUAGGGGAGCUUUGGUCGGAGCUGGAAGAAGGUGACCGUUAUGUGGUGGUGGACUGUGGUGGAGGGACAGUGGACCUUACUGUCCAUCAGAUACGUCUCCCAGAAGGACAUCUGAAAGAGCUUUACAAGGCUUCUGGUGGACCAUAUGGCUCUCUUGGGAUUGACUAUGAAUUUGAGAAGCUGCUUUGUCAGAUCUUUGGCCAGGAUUUCAUUGACCAGUUCAAAAUCAAGCGCCCAGCCGCUUGGGUGGACCUCAUGAUUGCCUUUGAAUCACGGAAGCGGGCAGCAGCCCCGGGCAGGGCCAACCCCUUAAAUAUUAACUUGCCCUUCUCAUUUAUCGACUACUACAAGAAGUUCAGGGGCCACAGUGUUGAACACGCCCUGCGCAAAAGCAAUGUGGACUUUGUUAAAUGGUCAUCACAAGGGAUGCUGAGGAUGAGUCCCGAUGCAAUGAAUUCUCUUUUCAAGCCCACCAUUGACCAUAUAAUUCAGCACCUCAAUGAGCUCUUUGAGAAACCUGAGGUGAGCGACAUCAAGUUCCUUUUCCUCGUGGGAGGUUUCGCCGAAUCAGCUCUGCUACAGCAAGCUGUGCAGAACAUGCUUCAGGGCCGUAGUCGCAUUAUCAUCCCCCACGAUGUAGGCCUCACUAUCCUGAAGGGGGCAGUGCUGUUUGGUUUGGAUCCCAGCAUCAUCAAAGUCCGCCGCUCCCCCCUUACCUAUGGUGUCGGUGUCCUUAAUCGCUUUGUCGAAGGCAAGCAUCCACCAGAGAAGCUCCUAGUGAAGGACGGAACGUGCUGGUGCACUGACGUCUUUGACACAUUCAUCGCCGCUGACCAGUCAGUAGCGCUCGGUGAGAUGGUCAAACGUAGCUACACACCAGCCAAGCCCUCGCAGCAGGUCAUCGUCAUCCACGUUUACUGUACCGAGAAGGAGAGCGUGGGCUUCAUCAGUGAGUCUGGCGUCAAGAAGUGCGGGUCGCUUCGGUUGGAUGUUAGUGGCACAGAAAGCACGGCCCCACGCCGCGAGAUCCAGACGCUCAUGCAGUUUGGUGACACCGAGAUUCGGGCAAUGGCAGUCGAUGUGUCCACCGGGCGCACAGUCAAAGCUAGUAUUGACUUCCUUAGCCAUUGAGUAAGGAGACUAAGAGCUAAUGUUAAGUUUGAAGGCACAUUGGAAACGGCACACAUCUCAUGCCCAUACAACUAGUAGAGUAUGAAAAAUAUUCUUAAUUUAGGCUUUGAGACAGUUUGGGUAUUAGACGUAACAGUCUAAUUCAAGCCUAUCACUGAGACCAUUUACCCAAUACUCGCAUUGUAACCGCCAAUUUAAAUGUACUGUUUAUGAUUGAUCUCUUUUGAGCUAAAUGAUAUCAUGACCCAGCAAGCGCAAAGUCUCAAAGACAAAAAAAAAAAAAAAAAAGAAAAAAAAAACAAACAUGGUCUGGUUUAAUUUGAAAAUAAUGCUGAUGCUUUGAAUGGACCUUCAGUAUUUGUGCUCUUGCAAAACAGCUUUAGGUGAAAAGCAGAAAAUAGAAACAUACAGUGAGCUUUGUUGCAACGUUUUCAUAACGUUAGUUCUCUUUGAUAUAUACAUUUUAGUUCAGUUUACACUGGAUAUGUAUUUUGAUUUUGGAAUGCUUUUCUGACGCAAGCCUCCAAUUCAUGUGGGGUUACAACUGGCACUUCAGAGCUCCGGUGGAACGGAGUUUGGGGAAAUGCCCGGGAAUCAAAAUGCACCAUCUGUAUGAAAGGCAGUGCUAUUUACUACGACACUAUGAUAGUGUGAGUGUGUGUGUGUGUGCAGCAUGAGUGCCACUGAGAAAAAUUAAAAAAAUAAAACACAAGAUGAACAGUAAAUCUAAACACCAUGAAUACUGUACAUGGAACAUUGUUUGUUAAAAGCCUCAACAGUACCAUAAAUGGACAUGGGAAGCAGUGGUGUGAGAAGAUGUGUUGGGGGCAGAGGGAGAUGUUAUUCCCCACCUUAACCGGUUUGAGCGCCCAGCCUGAGUUGGAUACUCAGGGCUACCAACCCACAAAGCAGUUACUAUUACAUUCUGAUCAUACGCUGUUUGGUACAAUGUCAUAUGGUCACUGGGCGGGAUUGAUUCAGUCCAAUCAAAACACAAGCUUACAUCCAGUCAUUGAAUAGGUGAAGCAGCAUUACAGCUUUUCUUUAAUAAUGCAACCAUAAGCUCCCUUGGUCUGAGUUCUAAAUUACUGUGGAAAUUCCAGGCUUCCUUGAAUAUGGCCAAUGAGUCCAAGAAUGUGAAAUAUGUUGCAACUGAGCACCGCCAUCAGAUUCAGUUUAUUGUUGCCUUUUUGUGUUAAUGUUUCAGAUUAUGACAUAAAAUGUUACUUAAUUGCCCACUUGGAAAAGCUCAAUAUUAAUGUACAGUCAUCCCCUGUUUGUUUAUUUCUGUAUAUACAGUAUUUAAGUAUUGUACAGAUUUUUAGCAUUGUGUCAAUAGCUUUAGCUUGAGUAGUUUUAUCCACAUGUGGGAGCAUGAGCCCGCAUGUUUCUUCACUUUUCAUAUCAAACACAUCAUCCACAAUAGCAGGAGAGCCACUGUGACCAGGGCCACCAGGUCAUUAAUUGUGGUUCCAUUUUGUUUAGCAUGUCACACCAGUGCCUGCUAGCAUGUUGUCAGCAUCCUAGUAAGUUUCUUUUGGCUUGUCCCACAGCAUGUCAUCUCAGACGAACGCACAUAUAUGUUUGGCACAAUUUUUACGCCGGAUGCUCUUUCUGACGCAACCCUACUCAGGGAGAGGAGGCCCCAGUGGGAUAUGAACCCACAACCCCUGGUUUAUCAAACCAGUGCUCUAACCACUGAGCUACGGGGCCUCCAGCAUCCUACCUCUUCAAAAUUGAUUAGAGCCGUAUUUAAUAUGUACUUACUCUAAAAGGAUAUUCAAACAGGCGAAGGGAAGUGGACCAAUUGCUAUGGACUGUAAAUUCUAAUUUAACGGUGACUGACUAAUGACAAUGAUAAUGAAAUUUAAGUUCCCUCCCCCUUUUUAUUCAUGAUUCCAAUUGGAAAAGUUUUGUCGGAACCUAUUCCUUUGUUUCAAAUUCAGUCAGCAAUAACUCGCCGGUAAGAAAAAAAUUCCAUUUAACAUGUCUUACAAUGUAUCAUGUCAGGCUUCAGCCUGACACAUGACACUUUUACCACUGUUUUAAGAUAAGAUAAUCAUUUAGCAAAACAAAAUUUAGGACUUUAAUAUAGACUGAAAAGGAUUUCACAAUGAUCCCUGAGAAGGGUUGUGUCAGGAAGGGCAUCCGGCGUAAAAAUUGUACCAAACAUAUGUGCGUUCAUCUGAGAUGACACGCUGUGGCGACCCCGAAAGGGACAAGCCGAAAGAAACUUACUUACUUACAUUGAAGCCUUUUAAACUAACAACAAAGAAAAAUACCGAGACAAUACAGUCUAUCCCAAUGAAACCUCUUCACAUUAAUUGUACAUUAAGAAAGUUUCUUUCGGCUUGUGCUGGUAGGGUUCGCCACAUGGUAACAUCUCAGAUGAACUCUUAUAUUUGUUUGGCACAGUUUUUAUGCCAGAUGCCCUUCCUGAAGCAACAUUACAAAACAUAAAAAUAAUGUACUGGUUCUGGAAGUCAUGUCAAGUCCAGAGACGUAACCUGUAGCCUAUCCAGAAAAUGUAAGCAUCACAGCCCGGAUAAAUUCACUUGAUUGUCUCUUCAUAACCUGCGUGGAAAGUUGCAAUCACAGCUUGUGAGAGCCCCUCACUGAAUGCUCACAAUGCCCAGGGCCACCUCCUCCUUGUUCCACCCCUUUGCAGGCCACUAUUAGCUACACUUUUUAACCCCCAAAGUAGUUGCAGCUAAGUGUUGCAUUAUUUAUUUAACACGAUUCAUCAACAAUCAACUCCAUAAAAUUGACAAAAUUCAGAAAGAUGAAACUAAUCGAUUAUUACCAAUCCCCAAUAGCUUAAGAAUUGGUCAGUUAAUUAUUAAGUGGUUUUACGUCCAUUGUCCCAGACCUUGAUGCUGCAGUUGUUCGGAUAUCAGCAUUUGACUUUUCUCAGUGUUUUGGCAAAUCUUUUUCUGACACCAUAAGUCAUGAAGGAAUGUUGUCUUUGUGGGUUUUUAUUACAAAUAGAAAGAAAAGUCUCUGCAAAGAGAGGAAAAGGUACAACUCCUACAAGUUGACACCCCUUACAGAACCUUAGACAAAAAGCCCCUUCAUUAUAUCAAAGUGUAAGAGGCAGAGAAGGAAACCAAACAUUCCUCUAUGUCCAGCUGCACUAGCAUUCACAACAUAACUAGGAACAAGUAUUACACACUGUUAGACUGGGAUAGAGCAGGUAGUCACAACAAAUAAAGCCUGUGAAGGUUUUUUAAGACUAAUAGAAGCAAUAUUUUGUUGUAUAUAUAGCAAGAUAACAUUUCCAACACAUUAGAAUGUUAGAGGGUGAAUUUAAAGGAAAACUGCCGAAGAUGAAUUAGGUCCUGGAAGCUGUCAGUGACUUACAGUGGGGUUUGUUUGUGCGUUAAUGUUACUUGACAAAAAAUGCUGUCACAUUUUUGAUUGCCUGCAGUUUUAACCUGGUAAUUUGUGCCUUGAAAUUUGUCGCCAUCAGCACAUAAGCUUUACUUGUGUUUUUAUUUUUCUAUGUAUAGGGAUUCAUUUAUAGUAGAAGGGUAAGAUGUCAGUCUGUCAUGAUGUCUUACUUGAUGAAAGGGAUUGAACUAUUUCUAUUGGAAUUAAUUGUUGCUUCACAUUAACACAAAAGGACUACAAGUUGAUUUUAGUUUAAAUUUAGUAGGAUUUUGUUUUAUAAACGCUGUAAUGGUCACUGAAACGGAAAGUUCCAUGUCAUUGGCUAGUAUUAAUUUUCCAAUGUGAUUUGAAUGCAAAAAAGUAGAAUAAAAUGUUUCAAGGGGUGUAGAGCUUAGGGAAGGUUGAAUGUUACUAUCGUAGUUAUCCAAACAGGAUUAUCUCAAUAAUUUUCUUUUCCUAGUCAGGUGAGUUCUGUUGGACACAUUAUCGUAGGCAUUGGCACACAAAUCGUUGGGAAAAAUAUUGUACCUGCAGUAAAUCACUCUUGACAGCAACCUUGUACUGUGCCAGUAUUUGUCAUGUUGUGCUUCUGCGUUAUUCUCAACGCUGUAAAGUUUUCUUAUUUGAAAUGGAAAUGCAAACUCUAGCUUGUGCUUUCCAGGGUCAUGCACUGCAUGUGUGGCUGCUACCACCUCACCUCUCUGCAAUGCACGUUUCGCAUGUGUCAUCAUGAGAAUGACCUAUCAAAACACAAGUCGACUGCAGUUACACAAUCACACAUUACUGCUGGUGGCCUUGGAAGUAUCAGACCUGAAAAAAUGUGACAUGCUGUGAGGUGGCCACCACAUGCUGUACAAUGAUAAACUAUUACAUCUGUUUAUAACACGUAUGCACACUCAAUCAAAUAUGCAAUGGAAUAAUGUUUUAAUUUGAUGUAUUAUUUCUAUCGGCUUAAUACAGUAUUUUCACUGUACUUGGACCUUUCACACAAGAGUCCUUUGUUUUGUUUUAAUCAAACUUUAUUUGCUAUUCUGUUUAGUAAACCUUACUCUUGCUUACUUUUGUCUUACAUUCAGAAUAAUAGAAGAGAGAAAUGUUAGAAUGUAUACUCUGUAAUUCUAAACAAAGCUGGGGAGAUGUGGAAAUUGUUAACAAAAUGACUGACUAAAGAAAGUGAGCUACGAGUGUUAAAGUACCAUAUGAAGCUAAAAUGCUUUCUGUUGUCUACAAGGCAGAAUCUAAGGUUUCGAUGUCAAUCCCAUCGUUGGUUGCUAAAUUGGAAGUGGAUGAGUCUUAAGUAGAAAACCAAUGUAAUUCAAGUACGAUCCCUUUCACCCUUUCGAUUGUAAAUCAAGCACUUACUUAGUUGAACUUUCAAUCAUCUGUCUUGAAUGUAGUAUUUGUUGGCAAUUUUUCAAUGUUUUUUUUAAAUUUCCAGAUGCUCCAUGUCUUUGUCUGCUAAUUUUGCAUUUAAAAAUGUAUUCUAAGCAUUAACAACUAUACACUCUCAGCUUCUCAAAUAAAAAUGUCUAUUUCAAACUUU